GUACCUACCCAAGACAAUACCGCACAUUCUCCGACAAUACAGUUGUCUGCAAUCAGUAGCUCAAUAUAGGCUGUAUCGAUAGCUGAGGUAAUGGCGAUGUCCGAGAGGACACAAACUAACUCUCUUAUUUCAGUACCGUUUGAUAGUUUCGUUUCCUUUAUUGCUUCUUUGCCUUUGCUUUGUUUUGUAUCAUGUGUGACCAUUGCUACAGUCUGGCAUUUUGAAGAAACCACAUGGACCCAUUGUCAAGUGAGUAGAAUUAUGCGAGCGUUGAUGUGUAAAAAAGCGGGUCUAUUUUUUAUUUAUAAUACUAAACUUGUCACUAUUCCUACUUCCUAAGAGUUUAUGAUAAGCUUACAUGUACAAAACCUCUCACUAAGUGCCGAAUGCUAUAUCCCUUCGAAAGUAUAAAAACACGCGCACUGCGUUUGCCACCUUUUUGGACUCGACAAGAUGAAGACUAAAGGAGGUUCAUUCGGUCUGGCUGUGAAUAAACAAAAUAGAAAGAUUAAAAUCACGUUUACGCCUCGUCGUGACCAACUCAUUUUUUUGUGUUCAUUUCCUUAACUUAGGCCAUCCCCCUUUUUUUGGUUUCAGCGUCGAAUGCGUUUCCUGAUGUUGGGUCGGUCGAUCGGAUUGAAAACUGAAGUCUCGGAAUAGGAGGCCCUGGUACCCCAGGAUGGCGUUAAAAGUUAACAUUCACAUAGUUGGAUUAACAAAAUGCACAAUGUACUGUAAAAAAUGUUCCUGUUUUUGUGCCUGUUUUUCUCUAUGCUCUAUGCUCGUUUCUCAGAUUAAAACAGGAGCCCAUCCUGAUUAAAAAAGAAUUAUUUCAAGUGAACAACGGUUUAACUACGUCGGUACUUUUUUUUUUUUCGGAAAAUGCCAAAAAUUUGGGUCGGUCAGACGACGCUAAACAGAGAAAAAAGAGGACGGCCUUAAGCUUCAGCUAAAUAAGCUUUAAUCUAAUCAAACAUCAGUUUUUUUUAAAUAUUAUUUAAAAAAACUGAUUUUUGAUUAGAUUAACGCUUAAGCUUAAAGCUUAAGCGUUAAUCUAAUCAAAAAUCAGUUUUUUUAUCUAAGCUUGUGCAUAGGCUAAAACCAGGAGUGGACCCUGGACUCUGGACCGGUCUGGACUUUACUUUAUGUAUGUUCUGUAUAGAAAAAUGUGAAGGGACGGGGGGGGUGGGCGGGAGUUAGGGGGGUGCGGUAGGGUUAGGGUUAGGGCCUUAGGGGUCCAGGAACAAACUCCUAUUGUUUUUUUAUCAUCUCAUGCAUUUCUUCCCUAUUUACUGUAAAUCUAUGACUAAUUCAUACUUAAGCUAUUACUGAUCUUGCAACACUUUAUUACUGUCAAACUCAGAAAACCGUGAACACCUGAAAAAUUUCAGGUCAGUUGAUUGUGUACUGGACAAUCACAAUAAAGUUCAGGAUACGUAAGCAAACCUCAAAACCACAUAUUAAGUACUGUUGCUGUUUGCCGUUUAGUUAUCUUGCGCGUUAUUGGCUUUUUACUUGCAACACAAUAACAUUCCAUAAAUAUUUCUGGUGUUCACGUUUUGUGACUUUCACAGUAAGUGGGCCGAAGAAAUAUAUUGUUAUGCCAAGAGCUAGCAAACAAACGACGGCUCUGGGAAACGUAAAUUCCUCCUGUCAGUCAGUAUCAGAGCUAGAGAUUUUUUAUUAAUCAACAACAGGCCUGUUAUGUUUUUACGUUAAAGACCUGUUGACGUACAAAUCUUUUAUUUAUUGGGAAAAUUAUCAAUUUUAAUUACGUUAUAGUUAUUAUCUUAAAGUUCACUUGUUUAGUACGGCCAUUUUGGUGACAUUCUCUUCAAUUUGUGGCAGAUUCUCAAGAGCAAAAAGAUUCCGAUUUUGACAUUUUCAACAGCGAACAAGCAAGCUUGACAUUACCACCUUCCACCAUUCCACCUUCAUUCAUGGGAGGAGGAGGUGUGCGCGCGAAACAGCCUGGAUGACUUUGAAGUAACAUGCUUGUAAAGAAAUAGAAAAAAAAAGAAGGAAAAUCGGCUAAGAGAAGAAAGAAAGUGGUUGAAAUCAGUUGAAAUACAUGUAUCCUGUAUCUACCUACUGCAACCCCCUAUCCCCCACCCACCCCCUGCUACCUCCACUGACAAGUGCACACACAAUCAAUUAUCGGAGGUUUAGAAUCUCGUUAAGGUCAAACCACAGAUGUUAGAUUCAAUUAGUUGUAAAUUUCUUAGAGUAGGAAAUGAGCAUAAGGGUAUAGGCUAAAAGCAGGACCGGACCCUGGACUCUGGACUCUACUUUAUAUAUGUUCUGUACAGGAAAAUGUGAAGGGAUGGGGGGGUAUUGAACUUCUAUGAAAUUAGAAUUGCGUCAUGCUCCCUAAACAACAAAAUAAAGAGAUCACAAGUCCAAGAAGGUGACCCCCUUACAAAGCUAUAAAGGGGGCAGUGAUACUCAUAGGUAUUUUGGCUUAAUUUUCGUUGGCGUUGAAGGUUUAGAGUGUGUCUAGAUCUUAUAGCCGAGUGCAUCUUGUAGAUCGUUUUCACUGUCACACAACAAAAAAAUAAAUUAGAAACUGUCCAUUGGAAGAAGCCAAGAAAAUGAAAUGUUAUAAAAGACUAAUAUUUAAACAAUUUGUCCAAGUCUCAGGUCUUUUUGGCCCAUAGGUUCUGAGUUAUUUGCCGAAACAUUUCACACACCUUCGUAGAGCUUUGUAUGGAGAUGCCAUAUUGGUGUGCAGUUUUGGUGCACCAAUUUUUUUAAUGGCCGCUGGAAAUAAACAAAAACAUCUAGCUGGAGUUCACUUUUUCUGUAAAAGCUCUUUCUUUUCACUCGAGAACUAGCAUACGCACGCAUAAACAUAUCUUCUAAUACUUGAAAUGGUUAUACCGCUGAAAGUCAAGAGAAGAGACUUUUUUUCAAUGAGACAGCAUUCCUAUUUUGUUACGCACUGUGAAAACUCAGAACUUCAAAUUGGUGUAUUUUGGAAAUGAAACAUGAUAUGGGAAUGGAAACUUUUGUGCAAAGAUUUAUUUUUUGUUUGUCUUCAACCUAGUGUAAAUAAGAAUUCGUAAAACCUCACUAUUUUGACUUUCCGAUUUGAUGACGUCACAGUGAAAACCAUCUAUAACUGAAAAAUUACAGUAGAUAGGAACUUGUUUUAGUUCGGUUAGAAAUACAUGAAAAAACAAAACAAAACAAAAAAGUUUUUGUAGUUUGAUCUUGUCUUGUUUAUAUUUGUUUAGGUUCCAAACUACCUACCAUCAAUAAGUGCUGCGAUAGGAGGUCAUCAACCAGAGAAGUUUAUUUGGCACAUUGGAAUUGCUUUGCAUUGUCUUCCACGUAUAUUAUUGUUCCCAGUGGCAGUUCAUAAACAUUACCAAAGUACCCUGUCAGGCCGGAAACACAAUUUAACUACAUGGUGGUUUUGGCUGCUCAACCUUUUAACCAAUAUUUCACAAGUAGUGGAAAAUGGAGCUCUCUUAACACUAACUUAUAUCUCUUCUACUGACAACUUUGGUGAGUUUCUCAAGGGUCUUUGAUGUUCAUAAUAUUAUUAUUGACAUGGUUGGUGCUGGGCCAGUUUGUUAUGAGAGGGCAGGCCCUCAUAUCUUAAUACUAUUGUUCUAAAUAUAGUUGGUAAAUUGUGCUGGGUUUCUGAGAGAUCACACCACAUGUAUGCAACUAGAUAGGGUUAGCUAUGUUGUGGCAGUUAUGUGAUUUCUACAGGCUGACAAUAAAUCAGUGAUAGUGCAUGCCUUUGGAUGGAUUAUAGUGCUUUAUCAAUUCAAGUUAGGUAUUUAAUUUAUAGUUUUUAACUGAUGUCCUUAAUUCUUUUACUUGCAACAAAAUAGACUUUUAAAACAGAAAAUCCAAUGAGAAAUAUAGCAUGAAGUAAGGAAAAUAUUUCCCACCCUUGGCUUAUAAUUUGACAAAUUAUUGACAACUUUACUUCUUUAUGUUAUCAUUAUCAUUAUUAUUAUUAUUAUUAUUAUUAUUAUUAUUAUUAUUAUUAUUUUUUUAUGUUGCAGAUGUCCAUGAAGGAUCUUUUAUAGUGUUUAUGGUUUGUUCAAUGAUCUACAUGUUUUUCUCUUGUGUUUUGUUGAAGUUGACAUCAAGCCAACCAAUCACCACAGAGGUUUGCAACAUAACUUUAUUUAUCACCAUAAGGAUUGUGGGGGGGUGGGGGUGGUGGUUGGUGGAUGUGGUGCUGGGGACGAGGUGGGAGUAGAGAGGCAAUUGAGAAGUAUUUUACUCUUUGCUCACUAUGAUUUCCAAAUCACUAACUUUUAUAUGUCGUUGAUCAUCAGAUUAUGGAGUAAUAUUUCCAAUAAAAUAAAUAAUUACUUUAUACAUGUAAUUAAUUGUUGCGCCCAAGUUUCUGCGUUAAUUCAACUAUUAGGUGGGGAAUCAAACAUCUCGGGAUUUCUUUUAGUUCUACUUUUUCUUAUUUUUUUUUAGGAAAGUUGUUGAGGCCUCAACGGGGUCACCUUUGAAGUAUCAUUUUUUUAUUCUUUUAAUGAAAGUACAGUAGCCUGUGGUCACCCUUAUUGUAGGUCGGAAUACUCCCAUAUCCCUGGGGCUUAAUGAAAGCCACGGUGUGAGUGGCUUUGUUACAAAAAAAAAUGUUCAUUGGCAAAUGUUUCUUUAUUAUAAUAAAUUUUCAAGUUUGUUUGCUCUUGUCCUUUCCAUAGGAACAUGGAUUUUUAAAAAGAAAAGUCUUCAUUGUGUUUUUCAACUAUUGUUCAUUUGGCCUGGCUGUCUAUUUCUACUUUAGACAUGAUGGGUACUGUGAACCAGGAGGUAUCCUUUGAAACUUUUCACUCAGCCUCUGGAAUAAAUUAAACUGCUAUUCAUGAUUUGCAUAAUUAACUUUAGUUCUUUAUAGUAUUAGAUUGGCCAAAACUGUUUUUAGCUUCAAAGUCCGUUGAGCGCGUGUGAGAAAAAAUAUAAACCACGUGAGAAUUAUUCACUGCCAGUGCAAAGGGGGUAGAUGUGAGGGAAGAUUUUCUUUCUCGUGCUCCAUGCUUGUUCUCUUGCUUCACACUCACUCUCACGCGCUAGCCGAUGUUUUCAAAAAGAACGAAAAGAAAAGUAAAACAACGUCUGUGCACAGGCUAGGUUUUAGCACAUACAUUGCAAGCAUUUAAAGACAAACAUACAAUGUAACAGCACCAGUAACAGCCCUCUAUUAGAAAGAUACCAUAUUAUAAUUGGUAUUAUCAUGGCAGAGGGUAGGCCAAGAUGAUUCUGUCUGAGGUACUGUAGGGAGGCUUGUUUAAGUGAAUAAUAAUGUGACAUGUCAAAAUUAAAUUUAAAUGCAUCAAAUUCUCCAUUUACUACGCAGAUUUCCUCAGCUAACAUUCAGUAGCCUAAGACUAUUUUUUAUUCAGACGUGGAGCCUUUUUCAGAAUAUUCUCCUGUAAUGUUACACCUUUCUCCUGCUACAAGAAUCCGUAAUGAAAACCCUGCUGUUUGUAAUGUUAUAUUUAACUAAAAUUUUAGAAGAAGCAUGACAAAGGGCUCCAUGAAAACGUCCCAUGGCCCUGCACUCAUUUUCUUUUUGAAGAGAACUUUUUCAUGAAGGCUGAAGCCUUUUAUCAUGCUUCAUAAGGGCACGCAUACUGUAAAGUGCAAUCAUUGUGACCAGCUAUUAGUUGGUAGCCAAUGUGAACAAAACUGUUGAAAGGCGCUGUUAUGUCUUUUGCUUCGGAGUCCAAACUUUUUAGUCCUGUUAAUUUAGGUUUCUGGGAAACCCAUGUACAAUCAUCUAACCCUCGUCUUAGCCAACAUUUUGCUGGAUUCAUGCAUGCCAACAUUUUGCCCCAAGUGAGAAGUGUUAAUGUUGGCUUAGGGAAGGGGUGGGUGGGCAGUUUCGCAGAAACUUAACUUGAUCCACUAGUACUAUGUCUUUACAGAAAUCUUGAAUUUAAAUACAUUUUGUUUUAGCUGCAAGGCACAGUUAAUUCCUAAGCUACAUCUAUGCUAACUUCUUUUAAUGAUCAAAACUUUGUUAAGUUCUUUACCUUAACACAUUCUGUAGUUUAUACUCUGUUUGCACUGUGUGAGUACUGCACAAUUGUGUCAAACAUACUUUUCCACUGGUUUAGCUUGACAACUCAUUUCAAGGGAGCUGUGUUAUUGUUGGCCUAUGGUGAAAGCGACACAUCAAAGAUGUCUUGAACAAGGUGAUGCCGCUGAUCUUAAUAAGCCUGCAGCCUCUGCAGGCAUGGGUAUAUGCGGACUUACAGCUUGACACCAUUCUACAGAAAGAAAAAUGGAGGAUACAUUCAUUCCCUUCCUCACAAUAGGCUUAUGCUUUAUAAGAAACAAUUAGACCAUUCUGUCCUGGAUUCAUGCAUGCCAAGCUGGCUAAGGCUGUACAGUUGGUGAGGCAUCCAGGCUGCUUGUGAAGAAAUAUAGAGGUGGUGUAUGGUUACCUACAUAUUUUGGGUCUCGAAAAUAUUGCAUCAGACCUCAAAACUUAGAAGUCGCCAACCAGCAGUUUGAUGUAUCAGUCUUAAGGUUUUGCAUCUCGGAUGUUGUGAACAAGCAUAAUAAUUGUGGAAUGAGGCUGAGGCUGCUUUUUAGCCUAUGGUUGUCCAUAAUUAGCCUGUUUGCAGACAGGAUCAAUAAACUAAGCAAUACUAUAAAUAAGAUGUCUCAUUUUAAUACACAUGCCAAAGAGAACAUUACACUAUUCGAUUUCUGUACAGAAGCUAUCUAUGACAUCUAUGACACAAGUUACAAUACAGCAGACAACUAGAUGUCUUUCAAGAAGAUGUGGGUGAGCUGCUUGUUUAAAAUGCAGUAAAGGAACGAUGAUGAGAUCUGGUCCACGAGCAUUGAAGCAGAUCUGUUUAAUAGUAAAAAUAAACAAAUAGUCACAGAUCACUCAAUGUACACAAUAUUUAAAAUGUUAUUUUCCACUCACAUGAAGACAGGAAUAAUAAGAAAAGUGGUGGCCAUUUUCAUCAGAUACUUGUGAACAGAGUUACAAUCCAGAGGAGAAAAAAUCUGUUUUUGCAAUAAAAUAGAUAUAGUCAUGUGGAUGAGUCUGUCUUGCUCUUUUUUUUCUCACGCCUUUUUUCCCUCAUAGUGAUCACACUUUUAUCAGGCAUCCAUCUACUGGAAGAAGACAUUACUUGAUGACCUGUUUUUGUCACGCAACGCUUUUGAGCGAGCUCUUCUCAUCGGGUGGGGGUGGAGGUAUAGGUGGUGGUGGGGUAAGACGAUCCUAUGUCACGAGUUUUUAGUGUCGUCACGCAACGCUCCACCCCACAAGCGUGACUACUCGGUCGCGGGCCAACAUAUCAAGCUCCACGAAGCCGUUGAACAACAACAUUUUCUAGUCCUUUCGAGGAAGUCGAUUACUCGAAGUUACCAUAUUUAAAAGCUAAAAUCAGAGGGACAUUAUAAAAAUCCAGACGUUCAUUUUCACAUGAUGUAUAAUUCUCAUCAAUCAGUUAUCAUGGCCGUAUCUAUGGACACUUUGGCGAUUUGCAUUUGCUUGUUGCCACUUCUUUCCUUCCUGUCGUGUGCCGUCAUUGCUGUUAUCUGGCAUUUCGAUUCAACAACACGGACCCACUGCAAGGUAAGUUUAAAGCUUUACAGUUCAUAUUUCUUUCACUAACAUGUAUGCUUUAUACAGAGUGGACUUCGUAUCGAACGUAAAAUAUGCAAGUGUAAGCUUUUUGCAACUAACUCAAGCCCUCAAUUUCGAUAGUUAAGCUUAUAGCACAAAGAUUAAUUGAAGUUUUUUUUUUUAGUAUCGUUGCAUUUUUUCUUCCAAAAGCAAACAGUCCGUCUUAAUUUUACAGGAAAAGGGGCCUUAUGGUAUAACUUUUCGAUUGUUAAUCAAUUGAAACUAAUUCUUGUCAUUUUACGUAAGUUUAUUAUGGAAAUUGCAACAAUUUCAGUUUCCUAUAAAAUUUCUCCUUCCAUCACUUCCUUGUUGAUUUUCCUUACAUCUAUGUGAUUUAAUUUUUUCCUUGGUUUGGUUUGAAUUUUAAUUUCCAUUGCUUCAAACUUAAGUCUUACAUACAUUUACCAUGCAGAAAAUAUUAAUAUAGGGAAAUAAAAUUUAAACCAGGAUAAAAUUAAACCACAACAUAUGCCAGUGUUAUUAAUACAUGUAAAUACAUGUGUGCAAAUAAUCAAUAUAUUAUGGCUUAAAAUGACUGAUUAUAAAAAUAUGUUGUAGGUUUCAAACUAUUUACCAUCAAUAAGUGCUGCAAUCGGAGGACAUAUGCCUGAGAAGUAUAUUUGGAGAGUGGGAAUAGCUCUACAUUGUCUUCCACGAAUUCUUGUCAUGCCUUAUUCACUUCACAAAUAUUUUAAGAAUACCUUAGCUGGCAGAAAGUAUGAUUCAACGACCUGGUGGUUUUGGUUACUUAAUCUUUCAGCUGCUGUUUCAAAUUUGGUGGAAAAUGGAGCUCUGAUAACUUUAACCUAUGUUUCUUCCAUUGAACACUUUGGUAAGGAGUAAAACCUAUCAGUUUUGUUUGUCAUUUGUGUCGCGAUUGACUGAAACUUAGAUAUUGCAAUGUUUCGACCACAUAAAACUGCAAGUCUUCACCAGGUGAUUACUGUCAAUUGACUGAGUUAAUAAGGACUAAUUUUUUAUUUUGUACCAUAUUGAUCACCUGGGCUGUCACCCAACCCUACCCCCCAACGUCAUCAAAUAUUGAGAAUUGAUAGGGAAGAAUGAUAGAUGACAUCAUAUCACAUGACAAAUUAAUGAUGUCAUUUGUGCCAAAAGUGCUCGUUGAUUCCGAUUGACGUAUAUAGCACAUAAACAGUUCAUAUUUAGCCACAUUAUUGCUUAAAUUACAGUGGCAUACCAGAAUUUAUGGGGGAACGUUCCCGCAAUAGCUCAAACAACGCAAAAUAUUUGAAAUUUCAUGGUCGGAAAGUUGAGUGUAAAAAAAAAAUAGCAAUUUUGCCAACUGGCGAUUUUUCAGGAGAAAUUGUGAGACUCUAAUCUGGAGACUGGGAGAUCUCCUGGAGUCUCCCGGAUUAUCCGGGAGAGUUGACAGCACCGCAUGGUUGUUAGUGAUUAAUGUAUCAUAACAAUGAGUAAAACCAAUUUUGGAAAACUGGGUAUAGUAAAGUAAAACCAGCAUGAAAAACUGGGCGUAUUAAUAUAAUGCAGGUUGCAGGUCAGAAUUUCAUGUUAGACAAGGUCAUGUCAGGGCCAAAAGUGUCGUGCAAGAUCAAGAAGUAGGCCAAAACCCAUGCAGCUCUUCCAGGCCUUCUUAAAUCCCAGACCCCCCUUCAGCUUCUGAAGUAAGAAAAAAAGGACUUACUUGAAAGACUGGUGCAGACGAAGGAUGGGGGUCCUCCUGCAAUAAGGGACAUUCUUAUGAUGUCUUUGAUAUCUUUUGGUGUCAUGGCGCAUCACAUAAGGUUCACUUGAAAACUGGAAAUUUUAUUUAGGGCUAGAAGUGGUUAAACCAGCAUUCCCAAGUUUUUUUGAGCCAUGGAAAAAGGCCCAAACCGUUCCAGAGCCCUGGAGUCGUUAGAGGAGCUCAACCUUGUUCCCAGGGUUCUCUCCUACCCGCUCUCCUACACGCCCUCCGUAGGGCGGGUAGGAGAGAACCCUAGGAUAUACCUGCCAACUCUCACGCCUUAGGCGUGAGUCUCACGCCUGUGGGUUGAAAACUUCAAUUUCACGCCGGCUCACGCUUGCGGGCCAAUUUCUCACGCCUGAUUGAAAAAUGUGAGUUGCUGCCGUCUUGCUUGACACAAUUUCCAAAAAUAUGUUAACUCAGACCCAUGUAAGGAACGAAAACCAAGUGUAAAAUGAAUAAAUGACAAUACCUUCCUCGCGAUCUCUGAUUUUUGAAGUGAAAAGCACUGGGAGCGAUCUCGCGUUUUAUACGCUGGCCCAAGACUGAUUCAAUAACCGCCUUGACGAGACUUUGGACGCCUUCGAAAACUGACGCCUUCGAAGUCUUCGGACUUCUUUGGAAAUGAUCGUGUCGUAUUCAAAAAUCCCAGCACUCCCAGGAUAAAAAUCUCAUGCUUAUAUCUCAGAAAAAGUUGGCAGGUAUACCCUAGGAACGAGGUUGAGAGGAGCUAUUUCUGCCAUGCACUUCCAAUACAAAUUAUGUAAAUUUAUUCUUGUGUGGCAAGUAAUUUAAUUCAAUACUGGUGUGACAUUGUGUAACAUAAUAUGAAAUUCUGACCUGUGGCAUGACCCUGCAAUUUACAUCUUCUACUGAAAAACUUCAAUGACCUGCAUAUAAUUAUUAGUAUGAAGCUUUUGCUUAUUAACGUGCAAGUAUGUAGUCAUUAAUACAUGUGCCUUCUAUCCUUGUUGCUUCCCAGAUUAAUCAAACCUGCCACUUUACCACCACCUUGCAGGCCAGCACUCAACUAACUGAACCUUAUAACCAUGCUGUCUUCUAAUACCAUUCACUAGUUCUAAUAAAACAUGUACUGUGUUUGUUUCAGGUGUUCAUGAAGGAUCAUUUAUAAUAUUUAUGGUGUGCUCCAUUUUAUUUAUGCUGUUGUGGUGUAUUUUAUUCAGGUUGACUGCUACCCAACCAAUGACAAUGGAGGUGUGUUAGAUAAAAAUUGUUAGUAUAGGUGAUUUAUAAGGUGCAAUUUCGUCACCUUUAGGAGUCCACUGAUGGGCCAUAUUAUAAACAAUUAUUGGAUGAGGUUUUUGUGAUAUCUGGAUUAAUCAAGGUUGAGAAACAGCCGUAAGUGUUAUCAGCCAAGGCUGACAACAUUUACAGAGACCUUGAUUAUUCCAGUUAUCGUAAAAACGUCCUCCAGUGAUUGUUUUAUUAUACACUUUUAUUUGUUUUGAAGAAAAUAAUGACAAACACAUCGUCCCAAUGAACGUGAAUCAAUGGCAGAUUUAGGGGUGGGCCCAGGGGGGCCCUGGCCCCCCCGUUUUGUCCGGGAAUUAUUUUUUUUGUAAAUACUUAGAUUAUUCAUUUAAAAAGCAGCUCCAGUGGUCAGGAAUGGUUUUAAAAUUGUUAGUGCAACUAUUAAUAAUAAUACAUAAUAAUAAUAAUAAUAAUAAUAAUGCAUAAUUAUGGUGGUGGUGGUGGUGGUGGAACCUUGUUAUAUGUUCAAUUAAACAAGGUUUCUUAAUUAUAUUGAUGAAGGUAUUUUCCAUACAUUUUGCUCUUACUGGAGAGGAAAGUAACAAUGUAUUAUACGAGUUCAUUUUAUCAAGGUUUCACUUAUGAGUAAUCUCCUUGGCAACUGCUUGGGCCAGAGGGAGAGGUAAUUUUAAUUAUUAAUUUAUUUUUAUUUUAUUUUUCCUCCAACAGGAAUACAGACUAUUCAAGAGAAAUCUAUGCACACUAUCCUUAAACGUUUGCUCAUUUGGCUUUGCCGUCUAUUUCUUCUUCAGACACAAUUGGUACUGUGAACAAGGAAGUAUCCUUUCCUAUACUUUAUGUAAUUUCAACCAAACCUUGAUCUGCUUUCUGGCUCUGGCACCCAUAGAUGAGAGAGAUUGGUAGGUAGCAGGAAGACAGGGGUAGGUAGGAGGGAUGCAUGGAGGGACCGAGGUAGGGAGGUGGUUAGGCAGGGGUAGGUAGGUUGGUACACUGAAAAUACCUAGGGGGUAGACUGUUUUCUUUUCCCUGUUUUCCCAUAAUAUUACUAUAAUGAUAUGAUUUUUGUGAUUGAGCACAUUAAAAUGCCCACAAUAAAAUAAAAGGGUAUAGAAUGGUACCUGGAAAAAUGCGAGUUUCAGAAAAUUUUGGCCAGAUCUCAAAAUCUCGGAAGCAAAAACAAUGCAUGUCCUGCUGAAACAUUAUUGUGCCUGACUGAACAACUUUGAUUGGUGUGGGGUGGGGGAAGGGUUCACUGUGGUGCCAAAUCCUCAACAUGGGUGUCCUGUGAGUAAGGAAGUGCGAAAUUCAUAACACUUUUUGUCCAAGAUUGUAGCAUUGGGGGGUGGUGGCAAGCUAGUAUGAAUGUACCUAGGUGGCAUGUUACACAUGUGGAUAGUUAAGCAUGUUAGGGAGUUAGUUGCAUUCAAGGUAGUGCAAGGUGGGAAAAGGUGGGUAGGAGCCUCCGAGGAUGGAGCAAACUAUGGGAACCCUCAAUUCUGGAAUUAUUUGGCCUUGACAGGUAUGAGCCACUGAACAGUGUGUCAGGUUUUCACGUCCUGGGUCUUAAACAGGGUAUACAAUUUCACUAAACAAUUACUAUAAGAAAAUUCUCAAAUGUGACAGGCUAUCAGCUGUCCUGAUUUCAGCACUCAGGGGCGGAUCUAGGGGGAGGGUGCAGGGGGUGCGCACCCCCCUGAGAUGACCUGCGGAUUUCUAAUACAACUGGUAUUCUGCAAAAAAAAAAACUAUGUGGUUUAUUGGUGUUGAAGUAGAGCAAGAGACGAGUGCACCCCCUUCUAAAAAAUUCCUGGAUCCGCCCCUGCACUAAUAGGACAGUGUAAUAGGACAGUACGUGUCAUGCCUAUAAAGUAAUUUAACUUAACUGAUUUAGUAACAGAACGGGAACGUCAGUUGACGACGGGGCACGCAAAUCAAACAAAUGCUUGACCAAUGGCUGAGCGGUAAAUUGGGCAUCGGAAGUCGAGUUUAGUCCUUUCCACGCGCGCUUAGAUGUUUUUUUUUUUUUUUUUUUUUUCACUGCUAACAAAAAAGGUUCUUGGAAUUUCUUGUGUUUUGAUUUCAAAAAGCCUAAAAUAUCACAAAUUUUGUUAUAGUUAUAAUACGCUAUAAAUUGGUAACAGAACUUCCUGUCGUCUAAUUCGGUCUGUAGUCAUACUCGAAUUCGAAUCCACUGAGUCCUAUUACCAUUAUUCAACGUCUUGAUCAGAGUGUCUUUUUGUACCGGAAGCGUUAAAACAGAGUCGGCCAGGCGGGGGCAGUGGUAUACCGGUAUACCCGAAAAAAAUUCGCCAAAAUACCCCAAAAUACCCAAAAUUCAUCCAAAUAUAGCCAAAAUUAAUCGAAGCAUGAAAGGCAGGUAUACUUUAUACCUGAAAUUCAAAGAAAGUGAUAUACCCAAUACCCGUAUUUAAGCUGCAAUAUACCGUAUAUCCGAUUUAAAAAGCCCCUGUAUACCGUAUACCCAAAAACCGUGGCCGACCCUGUUAAAAGGAUUGUCAAGAUUGGCAGUGCGCCGUCUACCAACAAUGUAUUUGCAAGAAAGUCUAAUUCCAUGAUGUUAGCUUAAAAACACUGAGCUUCUUGUGCGAAGUGAUGCAGGGUCGUAAAAGUAUGUCUCCUGUCUUAAUCAGGGUAACGAUAUGAAAUCUUUGUCGUGAACAGGUCAACGUUUGAAGGGCUUGGCGACACAGUGUACCAAAACUUUCCUUGAAUGCUCCCUGCUUGAUUUUGGGGAACCUAAAACUUUCAGUUGUAAAACUCUACUUAAACUUGACUCUCUAUCUCUUGACUUGCUCUAGUUAGUAGGUUCCAUUUUUUGUCAAUAUUUUCCUUUACAAAAUUUAAUCUUCUGUCACUACAGUUUAUACUCUCUUUGCUUUGUGUGAGUACAUCACGGUGGUGUCAAACAUAGCUUUUCACUGGCAUUGUACGUGGAUAUUCUCAGGAGCAAAGCUUACUUUUGGUUACUUUGAAGGCCUUUUGCCGAAGAAGAACUGAGUACCCAUAGUUAUUUGGCUUACCUGUGUGCACUAUUACACGAUGUAUGUUCUUUAGUAUGGUGACGCGUGUGUGAUGGGCUUAUGGUAUACGUCGCAGGUUUAUGUCGCAGCGACGUGUCACGUCGGCCCAAUCUUGUGCAUUUCAGACACAGUGACAUGUAGCAACGACAAAAUCACGCAUAGUCCACCAAUAGGGACGUGUAGCAGCUGCAAAAUCACGUGCAGUACACACACAGGGGCAUGGAUUAGGGACGUGAAGCGGAAACAAAGUCACAUGCAGUGCACACAGAGACAUGUAACAGCGACGUGUAGCAUUCACGUGCAAUACACACCCAGGAGACCAGGGACGUGAAGCAGCGACAAGCUUUCUGUUCGAUUUCUUUGCGGGGAAUAAUCAUCAUCAUCGUUGGCAUCAUUAUCAACAUCACCGUCAUUAGCCCGUUCCAGGCUCUCAGAUAGUGGGGAAGGC